CUCAUCCGCUGACAGUGAUAAUGAACGGCCGCAACACGCCAACAAACAAGGCUUCAAACGUUGGGUGUUCUGCGGAAUUGGUACAUACCACAUGUCGAGUAGCACAGGAAAAGAUAAAAGAGUGGCUCUGGAGUUAAUGCAUGAUGAGUUGCUAAUCUCUUUCUCUCGUUCCCGUCAUUCAUGGCUCUCUUCUGCCGUUUUCGAAGACGUGGCAAUGAUGACACCGUAGUCCAUUUUGCCCCCAACCCUCUCAGAUUACUUGCUAAAUCCCAUCAGCACGGUUCAUCAGCAUCUCUAGAAGACCUCGUCAAGACCAGAUGUCCGAGUCUUUUUACACCAUUCGAAACGACGUUUUACUUGAACAGUGGCCAUGUUCAAACCUUCUAUAGCCUGUAUCCUGGAUUGUUCGCGACCGACAAAGUUUGGUAUCGACGACAACACAUACGUUUGAUUGAUGGUGGUACGCUAGGUUUAGACUUUACUCCAAUAGAUGAGAAGCUUCCAGAUGAGACUCCCAUUAUUGUAGUGCUGCCUGGUUUAACCGGAGGUUCCUACGAGCCUUACGUGAAAGCCAUUCUAGCCCGUGUAAUUACUCCGGUAAACCGAGGGGGGCUGGGAUAUCGCGCCGUUGUUGUCAAUCAUCGUGGUUGUGGGGGCGUUCCUGUCACUUCUCCGACGUUCUAUACAGCUGGGGAGACAGAGGAUAUCCGUCAGGCCCUGAUAUAUCUAUCUUAUAAAUUUCCUCGCGCACAAUUGCAUGGGCUCGGUUUUUCGCUUGGAGCAAACCAUGUGACAAGAUAUAUCGCAGAGGAGGGAGAGAACAGUCGUCUCUGGUCGGCUUGUGCGUUAGCCAACCCAUGGGACUUUCAUGCCAAUAGCGAUGCCCUCGAUGCAAGCUUUAUCGGCCAUAACGUCUACCACCGAGCGCUUGGCACCAACAUCCAGAAUCUUGUCCUACGGCACCAGAAAGCCUUAGCAAUCAACCAUCCCGGCCAUCCCAUGGUCGAAGCCGUAAACCGUGCCGUGAACUUGAAAUACCCUCACUUAAAGGCUUUUGACUGUGCUUUUACCAGACACGUCGGUGGUCGACCAGGUUGGAAAGGAAAAGGAUUAUACUUUCCAUUUAUCAGCGUAGGCGAUUAUUAUGACUACGUAUCAAGUCAUAGAAUGGUCAACGAUAUCAAAGUACCCUAUCUCGGUAUCAAUUCCGCUGAUGACCCAAUCGUGCAACUGGUCCCGACAUUCACGAACGGACACGGAAAUCCGUAUGUGGUUAUGACUCUCACCGCUGGAGGUGGGCAUUUGGGCUGGUUCAAGGAUGCAUCAGGAGAUCGAUGGACGACCAAACCUGUAUUGGAAUGGUUGAGAAUGUUGGUUGAUGACAUCCAUUGGGAAUCUGACGUCCAGAGGGGAGAAAGGAUAUUCGUGGAUAGUGAAGGAUGGAUUAGAGAACCUGGAACCUCACACCUGGGAUGUAAAGAGGUUGAAGGUGGUGGCUUGAUAGAUGGGAACAGAGGUGAAAGUGGUGUUUUCCAGGGUCUUUAGUUUGGGCCUGUGUUGUCGUCUUGUGCUUCGUUGAUGCUUUACAUUCCAAGUGAAAUAGAAUAUCAAACAAACUGAAUAAUCAAUGAGGUGC